UGUCAAGUGUCAAUGUCAGAACCAAUUGUGUUUACCAUGUUUACAAUGUACCUGUGCAAUGUCGAACCCACGUGUUAAUAAUUUGUAUUUUUAAUUUUAUUAAUAGUUGGUGUGUUGAUAUUUAAACGCUAUGGGGAAAAAAAGAAAACACGGAGAAGCAAAGGAUGACUUUGAAUUUGAUCCCAUACCUAAACAUUUAGUAACGUCUCAUAUAAAAAAACAGGAAAAACGACUUAUAGUCAUUCUUGAAAAGGCUCAAUUGGAAACAGUUAAAAAUGGAAACAGCUUCGAAUUGUUGAAUUGUGAUGAUCAUGCCAAUAUUUUAAGGAAAAAUGACCGUGAUCCUGGCUCAUGUCGACCGGAUAUCACUCAUCAAUCACUGCUUAUGUUAAUGGAUUCACCAUUAAAUCGUGCUGGACUUUUACAAGUGUACAUUCACACGGAACAAAAUGUUCUCAUAGAAAUAAACCCACAAACAAGAAUACCUAGAACAUUUAAAAGAUUUGCAGGACUAAUGGUACAACUCCUACAUAAAUUUGCCAUCAGAGCAUCUGACGGACCAAUGAAACUUCUGAAAGUAAUUAAAAACCCAGUCACAUCCCAUUUGCCUGUGGGUGUGAAGAAAAUCACCAUGUCUUUCAGUUCCAAAGUUGUUCAGAAUUGCCGAGAAUUAGUACCUAAAGAUGAACCUAUUGUGUUAAUCAUUGGAGCCAUGGCACAUGGUAAAAUUGAAGUAGAUUAUUCAGAAGAUACAAUAUCCAUCAGCAACUAUCCUCUGUCAGCUGCAUUGACAUGUGCUAAACUUUGUUCAGCCUUUGAAGAAGUGUGGGGAGUUGCAUAAGAAUAUUUUGAUUAUAUGGAAUGAUUGUAUUUCUGAGGUGAACAUCUUCACAAAACCAAGAAAGUACUUAUACAGUACAGUAUUCAAUAGCAGGAGACUUGAAUAAAGUAUAUGUAUUAUAAUAAUAA